AUGACAUCAUCACCAACUGCCCUGGAGACGUUGGCUGAAGAAGCCAGUAUGUUUUCAAGAAAGAAUAUCGCAGAGCCGAGCCCCAUUUCCACAGAGGUUGGCUCGUCUCCGGAUGCGCAAACGGACAGGAGUGUGUCUGGCGAUGAGCCGUCAUUUCAAGGUCGACUACAGCUGGAUUUGGAGGCCAUGGAGGAAGGAACUGCCAGUUGCAACAGCGGCAGCUUCGUGUUGCUGACGGUGCCGCGUGAGCGCACCCCCAACCCAGGCGGCGGUGGUGGCCGAGUGGCGGGGAUGAUGGGGGCAGUGGGUGUCUUGAAGCAUGUCCCAGCAAAUCAGCGCAUUGUCAAGAUGACAACAAAUGGUGAUGAACAGAUGAAGAGCCACAUCCACACAUCCACACUGCAAAACAUGUUGAUUGACAGCCCCUUCGCCAUGGCUGCGAAAGGGCAUAGAUCGGUUCGCCGCCGAACCCCAUCGCAGCGAUUGGUGGCUCUGUUGCUGCUGUGCUUGUGCUAUUGGCUCAGCUCAAAUGGGGCCUACUACUCUCCUCUCCAGGUACAGGUGGCCCUCCCUACCCUUCGAGCCGAUUGUGAGCCACCAAAGCUGGACCCUCAGAAGCUGAAGGCGUGUGCACCGAAGCUGCUGGAGGCUGAUCAGUUGAAGGAUCUGAUAGCAGAAGCCAGGGACCCAAAGAGAAAGCCUCGCAAGAAACCGAAGCCAAGGACGUCACCUGAGAGGCCAGGCCUGUGGCGCUGCUCUGCUUGUGAGCAGUGGCUUCCAGAAACGGCCUUCAAUCUGGAAAAUCGCUACGGGUCACAACGGCCAGGGUCUCCCUGCAAGGAGUGCAACAGACGGAGACUCAGGUUGCACCAUCGCACGCUGCGGGGAUGUUUGCUCCAGCUUCGGACGAGUGCCAGAUCUAGAGCCAAACUGAAGCCAUGGAACGCGACCCUGACAUUUGAAGACCUCCUGGAGAUUGUAAAGCGGCAGAACGGUAGGUGUGCAUAUUCGGGUGUCCCAAUGGAGAUGUGUUUGCCAAACAGCCACUGGAGAAUAUCCUUGGAAAGGCUCAACAAUAGCAAAGGCUAUUCCUGUGAGAAUUGUGUGAUUGUAGCUUGUGAGUUCAACACAGGAGAUGGUAGCCGGAAUAGGGGUGUUGAUGCCCAAACAGUGAAAGGAAGUGCGCAGUGGUCGCAAGAAAAAGUUCGCAGAGUGCCCCAACUGCAGCUUGAGCCACUAGACUGCAAGUUGUUGGAGAAGGAUAUUGCAGAAGCCCGAUUGCGACCCAGAAACAAAAGCAACCAGGGUGUUCAACCCACGCAGCGUGACAAGGACAAGACUGGCUGUAUCUACUGUUUCAGAUGUGGCAUGUUUCUUAGCCCCGGCAACUUUACUGAAUCAGAGAAAGCAGGUGCCCAUCAUCGGUGCAGAGUAUGCAUGCGGGAGCUCAGUCAGGUGCGAUGCUCCAGACUCAGGGGUCACUUGCAGAAGUGCUUGUGUGAUGCCAAAAAAAGGGCAGCAAAAAGAGGCCAGGAAUUCUCCCUAACUCUCGCGGAAGUGCUCGAGAUGCUAGAGCAGCAGGGGGGCCGCUGCUACUAUUCUGAUGUUCCUCUCAAUUACAAACAAAUUCACGCUCCCUGGCGUUUGUCCAUCGAGCGGUUAGACAACUCCAUCGGAUACACUGCGGAAAAUUGUGUGUUGAUAGCCAUCGAGUUCAACACAGCCGAUCACAGUCGCAACAAUGCAGUCACUGAAGUCUUCGGAACUGCGCAGUGGUCCCGGGAAAAGGUGGAGCAUGUUUGGGGGCAUCACGGCUGGGCGACUGCUGGUGGCUUGCGAGUCACCGGCUUGCAAGACAGCACAUUGACCGAAGAGGUGCCAAGUGAGCAUCCGCUCAUGGCAACAUUACCAGCUGCUGUAAUUACUUAAUCCACUUGAUGUUAUACAUUUUUUCGACCCAAGGUCGCCAGAGUUGUGCCAUGGCAACAGUCAAUUCGUUGCAUUUUCAUACAUUUUCACCUUUUCACCGGGCAGCCUGCCAGCGGCUUCAGUGCAGCUGGCUGAGGCUUCAGCAAAUUGGUAACAUGCAUGACCCAGGCAUAUGUACCAUUCAGAGCUGCAACCAGCUUGACAGAAAA